AUGGCUUCGUCAGAAGCUCCGAAGACCUGCAAGGUCAUUACCGCAGAGACCAUUGCUAAGAACCUCUUGACCGAAGUCAAAGAGACGCUGGCCAAAGUCCAGGGAGGUAACCCCAAAGCACCGACGCUUGUUGCUUUCUUGGCAAAUGGUGAUCCCGCUGCGGUUCAGUACGCCCAGUGGUCAAAAAAGACUUGCGAGGAGAAUGGUUUCAACUUUGACCUCCGCACUGUUGACAAAGAUCUCCUCGAGGAGGAGAUCACGAAAGCCAAUCAAGAUGACGUUGUUGACGGCAUCAUCGUUUACUAUCCUAUCUUCCCCCAGAACCCCACACAUGACAAGUACGUCCAGGAGACUGUAGAGCUUGCCAAAGAUGUCGAGGGUAUGCGCCACAAGUAUCUUUACAACAUGUAUCAUAAUAUCCGAUUCCUGGAUCCUCCGGAGAACCGAAAGAAGUCUAUUUUGCCAUGCACUCCACUGGCUGUGGUUAAGAUCUUGGAAUAUCUUCAAAUUUACAACCCCAUUUUGGCAGCCGGGAAUCGCCUGUUUGGCAAGACUAUCACCGUCAUUAACCGCUCCGAAGUAAACGGCCGGCCUCUCGCUGCUUUGCUAGCCAAUGAUGGUGCUACUGUAUACUCUGUUGAUAUCACCGGAGUCCAGUUAUUCACCCGUGGUCAGGGUAUCAAAAGCCCGCGACACCAAGUCGAGGACAAGGAGGGCUGGGGCUUGAAGGACUGCUUGCCUCUUAGCGACGUUGUCAUUGGAGGUGUUCCUGUGGAAUCAUUCAAGGUCCCUACAGACCUUAUCCGUGAUGGUGCUGUGUGCAUCAACUUUUCUUCGUACAGGAACUUUGACGGCCCCGCGAUCAAGGAGAAGGCCUCGAUCUAUGUCCCUUCUGUUGGCAAGGUGACGAUUGCCAUCUUGCUCCGUAACCUCGUGCGUUUGGUUGCCAAUCAUCCCUCCAAGGAUGACGCUGACAAGGUUUUGAUCCAAGCCAAGACCGAGGCAUUUGCUGAUGAUUAG